AUGGACUGCUGCUUCCCCUGCCUGGGCGCCAGGAAGAAGCGCAAGACGCCGGCGCGGCCGGAGAAGCCCCAGAUCCCUCCCGCCGCAGACAAUAAAGCGAAGCCGGGGUGCUCCUCGUCGUCGACGAGCGCGGCGGCGGCGGCGCGGCAGGACUCGCUGUCGGAGGCCAAGAAGGAGUUCGUCCUCAGCAACGGGUCCGAGCACCGCCAUAUUGCCGCGCAGACCUUCACCUUCAGGGAGCUCGCCGCGGCGACCAACGGUUUCAGGGCCGACUGCCUUCUCGGGGAGGGUGGCUUCGGCCGGGUCUACAAGGGGUACCUGGAGAGCAUCAACCAGGUUGUCGCCAUAAAGCAGCUCGAUCGAAAUGGACUGCAAGGCAACAGGGAGUUUCUUGUUGAGGUCCUCAUGCUGAGCUUGCUGCACCACCCACACCUGGUCAACCUUAUUGGCUAUUGCGCCGAUGGCGACCAGAGGCUUUUGGUUUACGAGUAUAUGCCGCUGGGUUCUUUGGAAGACCACCUUCACGAUCCUUCCCCAGAUAAACCCCGCCUUGACUGGAAUACACGGAUGAAGAUAGCCGCUGGUGCAGCUAAAGGGCUGGAGCAUUUGCAUGACAAAACAAAUCCUCCUGUCAUAUACCGGGACUUGAAAUGUUCAAACAUCUUGCUCGGAGAGGGAUACCACCCAAAGCUGUCUGACUUUGGAUUGGCAAAGCUUGGCCCAGUUGGUGAUAAGACACAUGUUUCCACCAGAGUGAUGGGUACAUACGGGUAUUGUGCCCCCGAGUAUGCUAUGACUGGUCAGCUGACUCUGAAGUCAGAUGUUUACAGCUAUGGUGUUGUUCUAUUGGAGAUCAUCACAGGACGAAGGGCUAUCGACAACACCCGAGCUGCGGGGGAGCAAAAUCUUGUUGCAUGGGCCCGGCCCUUGUUCAAGGACAGGAGGAAGUUCCCCCAGAUGGCAGACCCGGCGCUGGAGGGCCGGUACCCGCCAAGGGGACUGUACCAGGCCCUGGCCGUCGCUGCAAUGUGCGUGCAAGAACAGCCGACCCUGAGACCGUUGAUCGGCGACGUCGUCACAGCCCUGAGCUACCUUGCCUCCCAGCCCUACGAUCCAGAGGUGCACGGCGUCCACCGCCCGUCGCGCCUGACGGCUUCCGGCACGCCGCCCCGAGCCCGGAACCACGGCGCCGAUCAUCAAAGAGGAGGAAGCGAGUGA